UAAAACGGAAAAAAUCAGGACCGGUCAAGCGUGAGUUUGAUUUCGCAAUGUAGAGUAAGGACAAGAACAAUUAACUGAUGUGGUGUAAAACGGUGUAUUUGGACUCUGAUAAUCGUGCUUAAUCCACCGACGAUCGGACGGAGGACAUCGAAUAUUCGAAACUGAUCGUUGAUUCUUUACGCCUGCAUCGCAAGAAGAAAUAGAAAUGGAUGGACUUUCUAAUAACCACCUCCGAACUCCUGAGGAAAUAAGAUACACCGACUGCUCAAGUAUCUCUCCAUCAGGCCAGCUGACAUCUCCAGUGCCAUUUGAGUCCGUUUCCCAAGAAGUGUACCACUACAUGCCAGGAAAUAAUACCAACCAACAAGUUAUGCCACCAGAAAUGUACUGGCCAUACAACAAUGAACCUGGCCGCACCUCGUACAACACUAGCUACACCACGCCCACUGGUCAAUACUCAUAUUGGAGAAGCUCACCCUAUCCUAAUGCUGAUGUCAUGAUGUGUAAAGAUUGGUCAAGCCCUUCUCCAGAUAUCUUUAGCUACUGUCCACCCCCCUGGCCUAUAGAGACAAUGAGUGGAUGUCAGGGGGGCAACCUCCACCUUGUCACACAUACAAACUGGCCUACAAGUGUGGCGACAACCAGCUGUGAGCAAGGAAGUAAUGUAGAUGUACCUGUAUCAGAAGCUGCUCUACCAGAAGAUACAGGGUUUGCGAGGCAACAGCUAAGUCCUUGUGACUACAUGGCAACAACAGACUUAGAUGCAUCGCCAUGGAAACCAAUUACUCCACUCCCACCAUUAACAGAUUUUCUGGGACCAAUGCGAUGCAGUCCGUACAUGUGGACAGGGGAUCAGCCAGCACAGGUCACUGACCAGCCCGCGGUGCCACGCCCUGUACACCCGGUACGACCCUUCACCAAGAAUGGCCCUGAAAAAAGCGUGCCACGAGCAACCAAAGAUGGCGGCGCACACGAGUCAAAAGGCCUUAAGAUUCAUCUUGCGAAAGUUGUAUCACCGAAGAUGUCUGUGAAUGGAAAUACUGAUAAACUUAUAGCGACGCAAACUGAGUGGAGACUGAAAACAAGAACAUCGAACAAUGACGAGAAAUAUUCCCCAAGUCUUUCAAGCAAAGUGAAGUCACGAAAACCGGAACUUUAUAAGAGGCAGAAGAUACUGCAGCGAAAGCGAGAGUACGCCAUACGAGAAGCUCUUAACCACCUUAACUCUCUACUCCCCCUUGACAACCCAAACAGAAAGCUUAGUAAGAAUAUGAUCCUGCAAACGGCUAUAGAGUACAUCCGAAGCCUACAAGAAGAGUUCAACAUAACUGUGGAUCCACAGAGUAAUACCGAGCCCGAAGGUCCCAACAUUGACCCGAGAGGGACACCAGAGAUAAAGGAAAAACGCAAGAAAAGAAAAGGAGACGAAGGGGGUAAAAAGAGCGGAGAAGCGAUUAUAAGCAAACGCCAGGCACUCAAAGCCAGACGACGGCCAUCGUCCAGCAAGAAACUCUUAUUCCAGUCAGCCAAUCACGUGCCGCCCACUUUCUCACCACAAAGCGCGGGCUCAAGCGAUCAUCCACGUGACUCAUCUCUUUCCUCGUCCCAAUCCUCCGCGGAAAGUCUCUCCGACUCUUCCCAAACUUCGUCGGAGUCUUCUUGGCCCCAGGACAUCGUGAAUUCACCGCCAAAGCGAGCCCAUCCCCUAAAGGCCUCCAGGUUUCCGAUUAAGUGGAGGCUACCAGAUCGUCAGACUUUGAUGACCGCGUUUCAGGAGACUGCGAUGUUGACGCCCUCGGAGUCUUCAGAUGGGAGCGAGAGUCCUUGCAGCACUGGAAAUGCCUCGGAGGACAAGGCCCCUAACCGCAUCAAGCGACCCAUGAACGCUUUUUUGCUAUUUAGUAAAAGCAACAGAGAGGAAUUCAAGAAACAUUUUCCAGGUCGUGACAAUAGGAAGAUCAGUAUUAUGCUUGGAGAUUACUGGAACUGUAUGAGUGAGGGAGACAAGAGACCAUUCCAAGAGAUGGCGCGAGAGCUCAUGCGCAAGACAAAGGCCACCUACCCCGAGUUCAAAUACUCGGCCCUCGAGCAGACAGGGAAGGUGAGACCGAGUCAAGGAGGCAAGGAAAAGAGCCCCAGGAAACAGCCCAGUGUCGGCAGUCGUAGCCUUCGUAACAGGCGUAAAGAAGAAAGUUUCGGAGAAGAAGAGAUAAAACUCCAAGCGAGUAACAGUCCGUCAUUUAAGAGGAACCUCGAUUCCACCACACCCAAGGCUGAAGUGAUCCCAAAGAGACGCAAGCAGCAAACACCGCGCAAAGCAGUCCUAUCCCUACCCGAGAAGGGUGACAUAUGUGAUGGCCAGCAGCCUGAGAAGAGAAAAGAUGGCCAGGGUGUAGCCGCACGGCCAUGUGAUAACUGGGUGCAGUGUGACAAAUGCAAGAAGUGGCGCAUGCUGUCAAACAACACAGACCCAUCUGAUCUGCCAGAGAAGUGGUUUUGCUGGUUGAACGACACCAACAUUAAUGAUUGCUCCAUACCUGAGGAGAAAAAACCAAUCGGGCAAGCAAGUCAAUUAAUGUCUGCAUCCUACUGGUCUCUCUACAAGAAGUUGCGCAUAUCCUGGAGUAGCAGUGAUGAUUCAGAUGAUGGAGAUGACACAGAUUAACGUCGUCUCUAGCGGGCGUGUCAUACCAACCAGAUUACGUGUUUAUGGUUUGCCUGUGUCAUGGGCACAUAGUGCCACAUGUCAUCGUUAUAAUACAUGCCCUCUAAGUCUCCAAGUUGUUACUUAGCCAUUCAAUGGCAUUUUUUACUGUUAUAUGAAUUAUGGAUCACGCAAAGCUAUUUUAUCCGCAUAUUGUAAUAAGUUAAAGAUGAUUAAAAGAUGAUUUUGUGUA